AUGUUAAAACUUAUUAUCCCAACCCUUAUAUUGAUCCCCUUAACAUGACUCUCAAACAACAAAAAUUUAUGAAUCAAUACUCUAAUAUAUAGCUUCAUACUUACACCAAUUAGCCUACUCUUACUUAAUCAAACCUCUGACACAAGCCUAAACAUAUCUAUCCUAUUUUUUUCUGACCCAUUAUCUACCCCUCUUAUUAUUCUUUCCUCAUGACUCCUUCCAUUAAUACUUUUAGCUAGUCAAUCUCAUAUAUCAAAAGAAUCAGAAACUCGAAAAAAGUACUAUAUCACUAUGCUUAUUGUACUUCAACUCUUUCUCUUCAUGACAUUUUCAGCAACUGAAAUAAUACUAUUUUAUAUUUUAUUUGAGUCAACACUUAUUCCUACUCUAAUUAUUAUUACCCGCUGAGGAAAUCAAACAGAACGACUAAACGCAGGAGUCUAUUUCCUCUUUUAUACUCUUAUGGGCUCAUUACCUCUAUUAAUUGUUCUCACCUACAUUUAUAAUAAUUUAGGUACAUUAAAUCUCCUAAUUCUACCAUACUAUAUCAUGCCCUUACCGUUCUUAUGAUCUUCUAAACUGUUAUGAUUAGCCUGCAUAAUAGCUUUUAUAGUUAAAAUGCCCCUCUAUGGCUUACACUUAUGAUUACCUAAAGCACACGUAGAGGCCCCAAUCGCAGGAUCUAUAGUUUUAGCUGCUAUUCUUCUUAAAUUAGGAGGGUACGGAAUAAUGCGCAUUACAAUUUUUCUUGACCCUAUCACCCUAAAUAUAUCUUACCCGUUCCUAAUAUUAUCCCUAUGAGGAAUACUUAUAACCAGCUCAAUCUGCCUGCGGCAAGUAGACUUAAAGUCCCUUAUUGCCUACUCAUCUGUUAGCCAUAUAGCACUAGUAAUUGUAGCGAUUCUUAUUCAAACCCCCUGAAGCUUUAUAGGUGCCUCCACCCUUAUAAUUGCACAUGGCUUGACUUCCUCCAUACUAUUUACCUUAGCUAACACAAACUAUGAACGUACUCACAGCCGUACUAUAAUUCUUGCUCGAGGUUUACAAACCAUACUCCCUGUAAUAGCUUCAUGAUGAAUUUUAGCCAGCCUAACCAAUCUAGCUCUCCCCCCUACGAUUAAUUUAAUUGGAGAAUUAUUAAUUAUUUCAUCAUCAUUUUCUUGAUCAAACAUUACUAUACUAUUAAUAGGCCUAAACAUAUUAAUAACCGCUUCCUACACCCUCUAUAUACUUAUUAUAACUCAACGAGGAAAUGUAAAUCCCCAUAUUAAAUUCGUACUCCCUUCAUUUACUCGAGAGAAUACUCUAAUAGCCCUUCACAUACUUCCUCUACUCCUAUUAACGCUUAACCCCAAAAUCAUUAUAGGACCAACUUUCU